AUGGAGCCCAAAAGUGAGGCUGAGGCCUCUGAGAUAACAAUAAGUCGGUUUGUUCCAUCGAAACCCCAAGUCGAGUUGCUUGAUGGAAUUUGCAAGCCAACUGUAUAUAAUGUGGUGUCCUCUGUUGAUCUUGGGUGUCAAAUUGAGUUGAGAAAGGUUGUUCUAUACAUUCGCAAUGCUGAAUACAAUCCACGAAGAUUCCCCGGCUGUGUUGUUCGACUGAGAGAACCUCGAGUCACCUGCCUCAUCUUUGGUACUGGAAAAAUGGUUUGCACAGGUGGCAGGUCGGAAGAACAAAACAACCUCGGCGCAAGAAAAUGCGCACGUGUUCUUCAAAAGCUUGGCUUCCCUGUGUUAUUCAUAAACUUCCGCAUACAGAACGUUGUUGCGAUUGUGGACUUAAAGUUUCCUAUCAGGCUCGAAGGUCUUCUUCUAGCAAAUGAACAGAUGGCACAAUACGAACCCGAAAUCUUUCCUGGACUGGUCUAUCGGAUUGUCAAUCCGAAAAUCGUCUUCAUUAUUUUUGUAAAUGGCAAGGUCGUAAUUACAGGUGCCAAAUCCGUCGAGUUGAUCUAUGAGGCAUUUACUAAGGUCUAUCCGGUGCUCCGCAAUUUCCGAAAACUUUCUUAA